CGGGUAUGACUUUAAAUCUAAAGGGUAUGCCAGCAAGGCACGCGCCAAAAAGUCUCAGACGAAACAAAAGGGACGAUGCAAAUUAUGAAAAAAAAAACUGACCUGCGUCAUUCUUCCGUUGUUCUGCAGCAAGGAGGUUGACAAAUCGUCAGAUUAUUUGUGCUAAGUGAUCAUUUGUGUAAAAUUUAAACUAAAUAAACCAGUACUCAGUGCAAGUGAAGUAAGCCUGACUAUGGACAUACUGGUUGUAAGCAACUUUAUUGUUAACUUGGUUAAAACUGACCAUGCUAUUGUUUUUUCUUGUUCGUUUAUGGAUUUUAAAGAUACAUCUCUUGCAUUAAUGGAAAGAAAUCAAUUUGUGAGCGUUGUACAUCUCAACGAAUCUUAUUCUCUAGAAUCUAUACUGACAAGAGAGAGUCAUGCUCGAACUUCAAUCUUGGUAAAUGCCAAUUGCAGCGGAACAGCUCAUCUUCUGUUCCAAGCCUCUGAAAGUAGGUACUUCAACAAAACCUACCAGUGGUUUCUUUGGGGUGUUGAUCUUGACGUUAUAACGUUAUUUCCGUUGGAACUUAAAUAUGUUGGUCCAAACGCUCAAAUAACCUUUAUAAACAAAACUGAAAACGGCUACGCAUACUGGGAUGUUCAUUCGAAAGGACGACAUCUGAAAUCGCAACUGGAAAUAAAUUUAAUAGCAACAUUGACAAAUGACACACUGAAUAUAGUUUGCGAUAUUUUUCAUUUGCAAAGCAUUGAAUUUCGAGGACAAUUUAGAGGAUUGAAUUUAAGAGGAGCAAGCGUCAUCGACAAGGAGGACAUCAUUUCAAAUGAACAAAUUGAAUCUAUUCUAUCGCGUCCCACAAAGGACUCUGGAGUUGCUGCAUUUAUAAAAUACCACUACGAACUUUUGGGACUUUUACGAGAGCGCUUUAAUUUCACAGUAAAUUUUCGAAAUUCUAGGGGAUGGGCUGGGCGUUUGGGAAAUACCACCUUUCGGCUCGGUCUUUUAGGAAUAAUUAUGCGAAACGAAGCAGAUAUUGCCGCAUCUGGAGCAUUUAACCGCAUUAACCGAUUUGCUGAGUUUGAUAUUAUACAUCAAAGUUGGAAAUUUGAGACGGCGUUUUUAUACCGGUAUACUCCAGAUUUAGAUACUCAUGGAAAAAGUGGAAACUUUCUAUCUCCAUUUAGCGAUAGAGUAUGGUUGUUCUCCUUAUUAACACUUGGUUUAUUCAGCAUCAUUUGGAUGCUAUUUGAAAUUAUAGACUUUAAGUUUUUACAGCAAAGAAAUUUUGGCCAAAAGCGAAACAAUUCAACGCAAAAAAUCAAUACAGAGAUAAAUAACUUAUGUAUAAAAACCACAUGCAUCGAGCGAAUUUUGCAGACAUUUGGAGCUUGUUGUCAACAGGGACUAGACCCUAAUCCUAAGGAUCGAUCUGUUCGCUUUCUUGUGAUGACCUUGUUUUUGUUCUCACUAGUAAUGUACAAUUAUUACACUUCUUCCGUUGUGGGAGGGUUGCUAAGCUCUUCAGAUCAAGGUCCAUCUUCUGUUGACGAGAUAACUUCUAGUCCAUUGAAAAUAUCCUUUGAAGACAUUGGUUACUACAAAGUAUUAUUUCGGGAAAGUGAAAACCAAUCUAUUAAAAGAUUAAUAGAAAAGAAAUUGUCCUCUGCAAGAAAGUCAAAUGAACUGGGAAUUUUUAGUCACAUUGAAGAAGCUGUACCAUAUCUUAAAGCUGGCGGUUUCGCAUUUCAUUGUGAAGUCGUUGACGCUUAUCCCGUGAUUGCUGAGUUUUUUGAUGCCAAUGAGAUUUGUGAUCUGCGUGAAGUCUCUGGUCUAAUGGAAGUUGAAAUAAUGAAUUGGAUAUUACAUAAAAAUAGCCAGUAUACUGAAAUUUUUAGAACGGCAAUGUGUAAUGCCCAUGAAAAAGGUUUUGUCGAACGAAUCCUCCGACGGCGGCAAAUUAAAAAGCCCGCCUGUCAAUCACUGUACACCGUGUAUCCUGUCAGCUUAUCAGGAGUUUUACCUGCUUUUGUUACCUUGAUCUGUGAGCUGGGAAAUAUUGGAAAAAUAAAAUCUUAUCGUUUUAUCUUAAUUUUCGCAGGUGGAUUUCUAAUUUCCCUACUAUUACUGUGUAUGGAGAAAUUGUAUGUGUAUCUUGGAUUGCCCAACCGUGUUGUUUUCGGGAAAUGUGUCAACUUUUCAAUUAAAAUUAAAGUCCAAAUAUUGUUUCAUUCCUUACGUUUCUAAUGAUAUAUAAACGAAUUGGAUUCAAACUCCGAAUGCAACCCU